AUGGAGAAAGUUGUUCAGGCGUUGACAGUGCUGACUGAGGUCGCCUCUACGGCGCUAUAUGUCGUCGUAAGCCAUGAAGUUGUCGUUGUGGUCGUUGUGGAUGUGAUUAUAUCAUAUGCUGGUGGCAAAGAUGAUGAGGAUGAGGAAGAGGAUGACGAAUUAGAAGAUGACGAAGAAGAAUUAGAGGAAGAUGAUGACGAAUCAGAAGAUGACGAAGAAGAAUCAGAGGAAGAUGAUGAUGAUGACGACGACGACGACGACGAAUCGGAAGAUGAUGACGAUGAUGACGAUGAUGAAGACGAUGAUGAAGAAGAAGAUGAUAAUGAAUCAGAAGAAGAAGAUGAUGAUGAUGAGUCAGAAGAUGAUGGGGAUGAUGACGGGGAUGACGAUGAUGAAGAAGAGGAGGGGGAGGAGGAGGACGGAAAGGACGACGAGGAAUAUGGAGAGAUAGAUGAAUUUAAUGACGAAAUAUCCAAAGAUGAAGGGCGAGAGGAGGAAGUACGAGAGGAGAAGCCCAAACUCGAUUGA